AAACAAACACCAACAUACAUUAGUUCAAAAAUGAAUUUUUCCAAAAACCUACUAUUAAAACACUAUAAAUUAUGUUGUCAUUUAAAAAGUGCGAUAUUAUGUAAGAGACACGCAAGUACUUUAUCCCUUAGGCAGCCACAAUUCAGCAUAAACCAGUUAAAACAUCAAAAGUUCACUAGAAAAAAGUCCUACAUGCAAAAUAAAAAACUCUGCUAUUUCAAUAAGAAUUCGGAAAUGGAAGAAAUAACUGGCAUAUAUCCUUACCAAGAGUUUCAGCCCUUAUCUAAAUCGGAAAUUGUUAGAGCCCUUUUAUUUGAAAACAGCACAGACCCGGUGAUAUCCGAAAUUGAAAAAUGCGCCUCAAUUGAGGAGAUUUUUAACUUUAUACAAACAAAUAUUGAUCAUUUAAAUUACAAACAUCUCACCCAAAUAGUUAUAACUUUUUCUGAUCUGCAAGAUAUAUUUAUUAAUCAUUUAAUUGGGGACGAUCAAGUAGAAGGCAGGGUGGAAGCUAAACAACAAUUUUUUAGUAAACUACUUGAAUAUAAGGAAUUUUAUUUGGUUACUGAAAAAAUAGCAAAUUUAUUAGAUUCCUAUGAUCCAUUGUUUCUGAGCCACACUCUCAUACAUUUGCAUUGGUUAGGAGUAUCAGAAGAAAGUUGCUUAGUACAAAAUAUUGCUUUUAAAUUAAGAAAUAUCCUCAAAGAUGGGUUUUCUUUAGAUAUUCUAGUGAGGCUAGUUAAAGUUAUAUUUGACGAAAAUAGUGUAAGACCUUAUUAUAUGAUUAUUGAUUUAAUACCUAAGGUUUUUGAUGAAAUUGAUAAAAUCAGCAGCGUUAAAGACUUGGAAGAUGUCACAGUUUUCUUGUACAAAUUGAGUCAUAUUUUAACUGACGAUAUAAUAAAUAUAUAUGAAGCUAAAGUUAUCCAGUUCAUAAAUGAGGGAUUGUUGACUGAAAAUCAUUAUCCGGUAGUACUUAAAAUAAUGUCGGUGUUUAAUUUGCCUAAAUGGAGACAUCAGAAAAAUGAUAUAUUGUCCAAAUGCAUUUUUCUUAUACAAAACUCCAUGGAAUUGUUGAAUUUAACGGAAAUGUGUCAUGUGUAUGAUAUUUUAUUCAAAAAUCAAGAACCAGGUGAUGCUCUAAACGCAAUUCAAAGAGCCUCUGCAAAACUGCUACACGAAAUCGAAGACAUGGACCAUCACCCGAACAGUAAACUGAAAUUAUUUUCUUGCGUCAUUUAUUUCUCAUCCCCAAUCAACAAAGACCAAUUUCGACAAAUCGUGGAAAAAUAUUUAAAGUACACAAUGGACGCGAACGGAUUUAUAACGUUAAGAAAAAUUUUCUCGUCCCUAAAAAUCUCGGAUUUAAGAAUAUGUGAAAGUUACUGGAACAAAGGAUGCCAAAUAUUGAAAAAAGAAAAGGACCUGGACAAAAUUGUGAAGCUUAUUGAGAGCUACAUGUACUUUUGCAGUGACUUGUUUGGAUUCAGGCAUCACGCUUUCGAACAUCAUGCGCUGAAUUUGACCCAAAACUAUUUAGAAAAAGAUACUCUGUUGCCUUCUAAAUUUUUCAGCUUACUAGGGUUUAGCUUAUUAGUUUGCCAUGAUCAUAAACUAUUAGAUCAGCUAUUGCAAAAAUUUAAAGAAUUAGGCAAUCAAAUGAAUGCUGUCGAUUUAUUCAAAAUAUCUCAUAGUUUAAUGGUAAUUAGACAAAGAAAGUCAAUUUUAACUCAAGAACAAAUAAAACAAAUAAAAACAAUUUUAUUUGAAGGAACACAACGCAUUUAUACAUAUUUAGACAAUAAUCCAGUUAGAAUGAGUUUGUUAAUAAAGGCCUCAAUAAUAAGAAAUGACGCCUAUAAUGAGCUUAUAGAUGAAAUGAUUAUAAAUUGGAAACACACGACUUCUAUGUCUUCAAAACUAAUGGAAAAUAUGUGCUUUGCACUUUAUGCCACCCAAUCUUUAGUGCCUGAAGUAGUUAAUAUAUGUACAGAGUAUGUACGGAAAAAUAAAGACAAACUUAUGGGUUUUAAUGCUGGGAAAAUUACUUAUCUGUUGUAUCAAGUGAAUUAUCAGCCUGUAAAUGAGGACGAGUAUUUCCAAACUGUGAUAGAUAUUAUAAUUCGUGAUCAAGAAAGGAUGAGCGGUUUGGGAUUCCUACAAGCUUCUCUUGCUCUGUGCUUUUUCCAUAGAAUGCCAAAAAGUUUCAUAAAGCAAAUUUUCAAUGUGGAGUUUCUAGAUAAAUUAGAUUUAGAAUUGGCCAGUUGUUAUUUUAGAGAUAGAUAUCCUCGAAGAGUCCGAGAUACAUUGAUGCAAUUGAAUAGGGCGGUUUGUCUUGAAUAUCCUGAAUACAAUGUCCCAUGGUUUCAUCAGAAGUUUAUUGAAGAAUUUCAGAAAACUAAUGCUAUAGACGAUUUAUGUAGCCAAUUUCACAACAGCGUCAAACAAUAUCUAAUAGGGAUAGUCAAUCAGGAAGCAAUUCAGGAAAACGUAAUAACCCCAUACGGUUAUGGAAUAGAUUUUGUCUUGAAUUUGGACCAACACAAAAAUCCUACUAAUAAUUUCGAAGAUCCUUAUGUAACGAAAGUCGCCAUACUUUUAAUAGGAGAUUCAGCAUUUACAAGAUUCUACAAUCGUUUGAAAGGGAAACAGGCGAUGAAAAAUAGGCACUUGGAAAUUUUAGGCUACAAAGUGAAAAUGGUUGCUAAAAACGAAUGGAACAAUUUACUAUAUGCCAGAGAAAGGAUAGAUUAUGUAAAACAAUUAGUUGAUUCAUGACCCUGUAUUUUUAUAGAUUAAGACUGAAAUUUUUGUUUGAAAUUGUAAAAUAUAUGUUUUUUUUGUUGUUUGAUUGUA